AUGAAGGAUACCCACAGAGAGUCACUGGCGCGGCCGUUCAAUAUCUUCGCAGCUUUUCGGCGCAAAGGAAAGAAGGAGAAGAAGUCGUCCGCUGAUGAGAUAGUCAUCUCAAGCCCUAAGCUGGAAGAUCCGAGGAAGUUCAAUGGAAUUCAUACCCGCGUUGCGACACGGAAUGAUGCCGUACGCCCUUCACGCCCAGUUGCUCAGCAGCCCUCGUCUACCAGACCGAUGUCGAUGGUAUACAGUGGUGGCGCCACUCGCAUGUCCCGAGAGUCAUUGCCAGACCAAGCACUGCGUGCUAGUAUCAGCACACCUGCUCUCCCGAGUUCGAAGCCAAACGUUCCAACGGCUCAGGCAGUGGCACAUACCGAAAGAGCGCCUAGAAAGCCCGUCCCGGCGAAAAGAGUAGAUAGCAAAAUUGGGCAACCAGAGGAAAGCAAGGACAUCAAGUCGUCAGAUUCGUCUACUUUGGACGACUUUCCGCUGCCACCGACGCAGCUCAAGUCGCCAACUCCGGUAGAGCACCAAGUCAAGCCCGAUGUCAAGGUCGACGCGAAGCGCCUCAGCUCGACUAGUCUCCCGGCUCGAAUUCCUACACCACCUCUAUCGGAUGCUGGAAGUGCCAAAUCACGUCCCUCGAUCCAGCAGUCGAUGCGUGAGAAACGAUUCAGCCAUAGACUCAGUUUGCGCUCGGCCGCCAGUUUCACACAGGAGUCUUCGGGCGAUCCAUACCACAUUCUACUGCCUCUUAAAUCCAGAGCUUCGGAGAGCAUUGAAGCACCUGAUGUCGAGCUUCCAACUACAGACGAUCCGAAAUCGUUUAGCAUUUUCAGACCAGUGGAAAGAACAUUAGGAAACGGCAAAUACUCUUUGGAAGAACGAGCUGAGCAGCUGUUUAGUGCAGACCAUCUUCGGGUCAUUCUAGAAGACGCAAGAUCAUUAUCACUCUUUUCUGCCUAUCUUCGCGUCUAUCGGCCGACCAGAGCUGGACUCUUGGCGUACUACUGGGACGCGUUGAAGGCAAUUCGCGCGAUGAACUACGCACGCGCGAUCAUGCAACAACUUUCAGAGAAAGACGCACCGGCCAUAGUCACAAAUCCGCCAAGCGCUUUCGUCGACGACAAGCUUUCCGAAGCUGCCAGUGAGAUCUUCGAAGAACUGCUUCGAGAAGACUUACCGGCGUAUGUCUGCCAUAUCUAUACUCGCGUUGUCAGUGCUAGUAUCGAGCGACGGAUCUCAGGAGCUUUGUCCACUCGUUUGCGGGAUCCGAGCAAUGGGCUUGCUGAAGUCUUUGUAUUAUCAGAUCCCAGUCAACCAGGUCAUCCAAUCGUUCUUGCAUCGGAGGAAUUCGCGUUGACAACACAAUACGGCCUGAAAUAUGCGAUCGGCCGAAACAGCAGCUUCUUACAAGGACCUUGCACCAGCAAAUAUUCUGUCAGACGAAUGGCAAUCGCAUGCGCCGAGGGCAAAGACCAUACCGAACUGGUCAUCAACUAUCGUCGUGACGGCAGUCCAUUCCUCAAUCUCGUGAUGAUAGCACCUCUAUUCAACAAUCAGGGCACCGUGCGCUAUUGGCUCGGAGCACAAGUCGAUGUGUCAGGUCUGUUGAGAGAUGGAGAUUAUCCGGAAAGUGUGCCCAAGCUCGACACGGCUGCAGUAUUGCCUGGAGACAGCUGCAAACCUGGGACUGUUGAUAAUGUACAGGCAAUACGAGCACUCAGUGUCAUGCUUGACGCCAAUGAAAUGGAUACAGUCAAACGCAAUGGGGGCCGCUUAUGUCAAGGAUAUAAUCACUUGCAUCAGACAGCCCAUCCAGUCAAUCAUCCAGACAAAGCGGAUCGAAAUGAUGCCCAUGAUUCGGAUGGCAGCCCCAAGGAAGAAACGCGACAACAACAGAAGACCUUAUCCUUCUCUGAGCUUCCACGCCAACAACUGGAGGGAAUCUACAAGCACUAUCUCGUCGUCCGUCCCGCUCCAUCCCUCCGCAUCCUCUUCGCCUCCGCCUCCCUCCGCACCCCAGGAAUCCUCCAAACCCACUUCCUCUCCCGCAUCGGCGGAAACCCCAAAAUUAAAUCCGACCUCGAAAAGUCCCUCCGCAAAGGCGUAGCCGUCACAGCAAAAAUUCAAUGGCUUCGCGCAACAAAUCGCACAGCAAUCGUCGAAAAUGCUGGUCGUCCGCGUUGGGUUCAUUGUACACCUCUCUUGCACCACACGGGAGCUGUGGGAUUAUGGGUUGUGGUGCUGGUCAAUGCGGAUGAGACUUCGCCGCCGCCGGUGCAGACGCAUUCGAGGCAGACAAGUUUUACGGAUAGGAGGAUGGGGUUGGCGGAGUUGGCGCAGCAUGAUAGGGAGAUUUUGAGGAGGUUGGAUAGGGAGAAUAAUACGGUUAAGAGGCCUAGUACGGCGAUGUAA